AUCUCGAGCUGCUAAUGUUAUCGAUCAACCAAAAGUCCAUCGAAUUGGCUUUGUUUACUUUUGAAAUUUAAAAAAUAUUGACAAAAAUCGCCCGGUUUAAUAAAAAUGUGGGCGCCAGCCUCCGAAGACAGCUAUUUUGCAAAUAUGGAAUACAGUAAGAAUGUCGUCAAUAUUCUUCCCAGCGCCGAGAUGUUGGUUUGUUUUAGGGGCGAAAUGAUGCGACCUAACAAGCGGGCUUGUUUACUGUACGCAGAGCGAAUGGAUUUUAAAGAGCUUAUACAACUACGCCUAGCAGAGAAAGCUGACCAGCGUCGAAUGUAUAUCACCACUGUGGACAGCACCUCCUUUAAUGAACUAAAACAGGAUCAAUCGCUGAAUGUGACCUUUGCAGGGUUCAUGGAGAAUGUGGUGCGUAUGCUAAAGGAUUGCCAAUCCGGAAAACUAGAGCUCCAUUUAUCAGCCAGGGAUCAAAACGCAUCUGCUGGAAGUGCCGGUCAAUCCAACGAUUAUCACCUACAGUUUGUAGAAAUUCGAUCCUUCAAAAACCUAGUUCACCUGUGUCUACCAUGCCGAUCAGCUCCUUUGAAUACAGUGUUAUUCUACAUAAACAUCAUGCUGGAUGCUUCUAACAAAAAACAGUUCUUGCUAGAGCAGAAUAUGCAGCAACUUCAGGUGGAAAUUAACUCCCAACGGUCCCAUAUGGAACGGUUGAGUACCGAAAACAGUCAAUUAAGGGAAGCAUUGUCGGAAAACACCCGAGUUCUCGAGGAAAAGCAUGCCACAGAGAUUCAACAAUGGCAGGAAAAGGUAUCAAAAGUGAACGAACAGCGCAGUAAUGAACUUGAAAGAAAUCGUCGAGCUAUAUCAGGUCUACAGUCUCAGCUGGAAAAGGCCACACUCGACAAAAAUGAUCUCAAAAAUCUCCAAGAACAGACCGAAAAGCGCUGUCAAGCUCUGGGUGAUGAAUUAUCCUCGUGCCAGUCCAGAAUCGGAACUUUAAAAGAUCAGAAUGACAAACUACAGGUAGAUAUUCUUAAUGCUAGGAAGCAGGAGCGUAAGUUGGAGUACAAAAUCGAGGACCUUAAACAGCACACAUCAGAACUCCAGGAAAACAUACAAAAGGGAAAUAAAGAAAAGGCUAAUAUUGCCGCGGAGCUUGAAGCUGAGAAAAAAAUUCUCAACACGAAGCGACAAGCUCUAGAAAUGGCUUCCGAAGAAAUUUCCAAAGCAAAUCAGAUUAUACUGAAGCAGACCCAGGAACUAGUCAACCACAAGAAGACCAUAGCCUGGCGCACUGAAGUAGCACUGCAGCAGGAGAAAGCUGUCCAGGAAAAAGAAAAACUGUUGGUUUUGAGGGAAGAUGAACUUCGACAGGCUCGAAUAACAAUCGAAAAGCUAAGGGAAGAAAUUCCACAGCAACUGCAAACUAUGCGGCAAUUUGCCCAAGGCCUUGAGCAGAAAUAUUCCAAACAGAUACUCACACUAAAAGAACGAUUAAACAUACCCACCGGCAAGGAAAAUCGCCGAUAGUUUUACUUAUUGUUAAUUUAUUCUCGUUUUGUACAAGUUCAGUAAAAGUAGUUGUAUUGUUCGGCUCUAGUCAUAA